AUGUGUGGCAGGCGUGGUCAUGUGGCUGCCUUCGACUGGAUGACUAAACGUCUCAUGUUCGAGAUUAAUGUGAAUGAGGAAUGUCGUGACGUGAAGUUCCUUCACCAGGAAACCUUUGUUGCAGUUGCCCAGAAAGGUUACACCUACGUCUAUGACAACCAGGGCAUUGAACUUCACUGCCUUAAACGAUUGGCUGGCAUACGGAGGCUGGAGUUUUUACCAUAUCACUUCAUUCUGGCUGCACUGGCAGACAAUGGUUUCAUUUAUUACCUAGAUUCUUCAGUCGGUGAAGUUGUGGCCUCAUAUCCCACCUUUAUGGGUUCCUUAAACGUUGCCUGCCAGAACCCCAGCAAUGCCGCAAUCCUCACUGGUCACGCCAGUGGUGCUGCAUCUAUGUGGAUACCUACGGAGAAGAAUCCUGUUGUAAAGAUCCUCUGUCACAAUUCAGGAGUUCGGUCCCUCAGUGUCCAUCGUUCGGGACUGUAUUUAGCAUCCUGUGGUCUAGAUAGAAGUCUGAAAAUCUGGGAUUUAAGGUCCACGUACAACUGUCUUGCCACAAUCACCCUUCCAACGCCUGCUAUUUCACUGAAUUACAGUCAGAUGGGUUUGUUGGCACUUGGCUCAUCUACUACCGUUCAGAUUCUAAAGGACCCUUCAAAUGCGGGCGAAUUCGAUGAAGUGCAGCACGUUGACGUCGAGGCAGGCACAGUUCACCGGCGAGUGCUCAAGUCGGCCUACCUCACGCACAACUGUGCGCGUCCUGUGCACUGCGUUCAGUUCUGUCCCUAUGAGGACGUGCUUGGUGUUGGCACGGCAGGCGGCUUUCACUCACUCCUCUGUCCUGGCAGCGCGGAGCCCAACUACGAUGCCCUCGAGGAGAAUCCGUUUGCCAGCAAGCGGUACCGACAAGAACGGGAAAUACCCUACACUAUGAUAUCCGUAGAUUCAAUCGUAAACAAGGUCCGAAGAGAGGACAUUGUGGAAGAAUGGGAGAAAAAGCGAAAUGCCUUGUUAGGCGAGAUACCCAAGGUUCCCAUGCCUUCCGUGAAAAGGAACAAGAAGAAGGGACGGUCCAAGGCCACAAAGGUCGAGAAGAGGAAACAGCUGGUCAGAUUUAACCGGAAGCAAUUCGAAGUGUCGAAUAUGCUUCGCAAAAAGGUAGCUCGAAAGGAAAAGGCCAAGAAAGUUGAAGGUGGCGCCCUACCAAGUGAUGCCCUCGUUAGUAAGAAGAGGACUAAGAAGCGGACGAUGUCUGCAUUGGAUAUCCUUAUUCCCAAAAAACAUUAG